AUGAAUGCAAUGAAGUUAGUCAACGUUUGUAAAGAUAGACUGCAAGCAAUGAGAGAAUCUGGUUGGGUUUCAUUAUUGGAAAGAGUUUCUAAUUUCUACAAUAGUCAUGAUAUUGAAGUUCUUAAAAUGGAUGCUAUGUUUUUAGUUCGAGGACGAAAAAGUCGAAAAUCUCAACCAAUUACAAAUUUGCAUCAUUAUCGUGUUGAAGUCUUCUAUGUCAUUGAUAUGCAACUUCAAGAAUUGAAUAAUCGUUAUACUGAAUCAAGUACUGAAUUGCUUCUCUGUAUAGCUUGUUUGAAUCCGAGUAAUUCAUUUGUUGCUUUUAAUAGACAAAAACUUAGUCGACUUGCUCAGUUUUUUCCAAGAAACUUUUCAGCUAUUGAACUCUCUAUGCUUGAGGAUCAAUUUCAAAAUUACAUUAUUGAUAUACGUUCAAAGUUUGUUGAACUAAAAAGCAUUGGUGAUAUUGCAGUGAAAAUGGUCGUUACGAAAAGAUAUAAGAUAUACCCAUUAGUUUAUCGGUUGCUCACGUUGGCAUUGAUUUUACUGAUUGCAAUAGCUACUGUAGAGAGAACAUUUUCUGCUAUGAAUAUUGUGAAAACUCGACUGCACAAUCGAAUGGGAGAUCAAUGGAUGAAAGAUUUAUUGAAUAAGCUAGAUAAUAAACAUAUUAUGGAUCGAUUUCAAAACAUGAGAACUCGUACAGGACAAUUGUAA